AUGGCUUGUAUAGUAACAGAGUGUUGCGAAACUCUAAGAAAUGUAGCUUGCGCAGAUCAAACUAUACUGAAAUUAUGCUUCGACAAACUGAUCGAAGAAAAGCUCAGUAUUCAUGAUCAGAGUGAAAUCUUGUCAGCAUUAGCUAACGUGAAAUUCGGUGUUUUUGGACACGAACUAUUUUCGACGUUUCACGAUACAUAUACCAAUCUAUUACAAAAAUGGAACAAAGGUGAAACUCUUAGUAAUCUAGAAUCAUCUAUUUUUAAACAAAUCGGUGCAUUAUUUACGAAGUUGGCCGAUGAAGUGACCGCUAUUGAAACAUUGCAACAACUUUUGUUAAAUAAACCAUUGAUGGAAUCUAUGGAAAUAUGUAUGCAAAAUGUUGAAUAUAUUUUGCAGGAUGGAAAUUUAACAGCUGUGAGCUGUAUGAUUCACGCAUUAAGAAAAAUACAAACUAGCCGAACAGAAAUGCAAGAUGAUUCUUCGCUACUGCGGUUAUUAGAUCCAAUCUUAAAUUGCAUUUGUUCAUCCUAUUAUAUGAAUGUAGUGAAAGAUUUUCGAUCUAACUCUGAAAUAUUAUGUGUUGAUCAAGAGUUUCUGCUAAUCGCAUGUCCGCACUAUAUACACUAUUAUUGGGGUAAACGGCGAGAAGAAGCGGCACAAAAGCUAUGUGAUAAAAUGUUCAAUUUUUAUGUUGAAACAUUAGAGAGACUUGUACCAGAUAUAUCUGAGUGGAACGAACCAAUCAUUCGAUGUUUGCGACACAUCAUUGCACUGAUGUGCUAUAUUGAUACAAAUGAAAUUAAAGUUGAACAUUAUGAACUACAUAUAAAAACGAUUGAUCUUAUGCUCCGUAUUUUAACUUCAGCUGAUAAUUUGUUGGAAAAGACAGAAGAAACAAACUUUUUAGUGUACUAUUGCAUCGGUUAUUUAUACAGUUUAACGUUUGUACCGACUCUUCUAAAUGUAAUUGAACAGAAGAGUUUAAAACAAAUUCUUCUUCGUUAUAUUAAUGUUAAACAUGCGGAACAUGUACAAUUCAAUGCUUAUCGAAUAUUAGCAGUUUUGAUGAAUGAAGAUGAUAUUAAAACAUUGACAAAACCAAGGGAGAUUACAGCAUUGUUUAAAAGUUUUCUCGAGAAAUUAAUCGAUGAUCCAUAUCGACAGUUGCGAUUACGGAAUACAUUGGUUUGCUUGAAAACUCUUGUACAACACGAUGAAAUAAAACAUGAAAUGGUUGAACAAGAUGUUCUGCCUCUACUAAUUCGUUGUGCUACAGAGCCGAAAUUCGACGUUGUGCAAAGACAAAAACAUUCACUCGGUCUGCUUUGGGCAAUGACGUUCAAUGAGGAAGCUACUAUAAUAUUAAAAGAAGAUCAGAAGUUCAUGGUUCAUGUAAAAUCAUUGCUAAGAUCAGUUGAACAAGAUCUACGCAAGGUAGCUGACGGUAUUGUGUGGAAAUUAGAUAAGGAAGCUCAGUUUAUGGCUAAGCAGGAACAUAAUCAGUCGGCAAUCCAAGUUCUUGCCUCACCGAGUUACAAAUAUGAUAUAAUGAUAAGUUAUUCUCAUAACGAUAAAGAUUUAUGCUGCCAAAUACGAGAUAAGCUUAUAGCAGACGGCUAUCGUGUUUGGUUUGAUCGAGAUCAUUUGUCUGGUUCAAUAAUGCAAGCAAUGGCAGAUGCAAUUGAAAAUUCAUAUCUGGUAUUAAUUUGUAUGUCCGACACUUAUAAGCGAAGUGCCUAUUGUCAAUCUGAAGCACACUAUGCUUUUGAAUGCAGACGGCAUCUAAUUCCACUGGUAAUGAAAGAUCGUUAUCGCGCCGAUGGAUGGCUGGGAAUCAUUGUCAGUGGCAAGCUAAGUAUUGAUUUUUCAAAAGUAGUCUUUGAAGAAGCUUAUGAAGGCCUGAAGAAGGAGGUUACACAAAACGGAAAUCGGUUAUCGAAGGUUGCAGUUCAAGAAGGACGACAAAAUACGGGUGAAGAUAAGCCUGUAAAAGACCAACAACAACAGCAGUCAGAGAACGUCUAUUCUUAUCCUGAUUCGAUAGAAUUAUGGACAGAAGACCAUGUCAAAAGUUUUCUUUUGGAUAAGAAGCUUGACGCGAUGUUACCAUUAUUGAACGGCAUAAAUGGGCUUGAUUUGUAUGAAAUAUAUAAAAUGUGUCACGCAAAUGAUUCAAUGUAUCAAUCACUCUCAAAAGAAAUGAAUGUGCUGCAUCGAACAGUGCUGCCCAUCAGCGUUUAUGUUCGAUUUAACAAUGAACUUAAAAAGUAUGUGCCACAAACAACGAAUAAGCGAAAGGGCGUUGGUUGUGCUAUUUUAUAA